ACAAAUGACUAUUAGCUUUAGUGAAAAAGAAUGGUAAGUUACACGGUGAAGAUGAACUUUACAAGGCGAAAGCUCCCUAAAGAACACCCAGCCCGGCGGAGGGCAGCAGGCUCCACCCAUGUCUCUGCAGUUUUGGUUCGGCCUCGGAGUAACUACAUCCCAGCCUCGGGAAAGUUUCGCGUGUGCGCAGUAGGCCUGCCCAGUGCCGCGUGGGAAAGGCGGGACUUUCCUAUCUCUUGCGUCACAUCCACUGCGACGCAGACGUCACCGGCUUGACCGGGAAGGUCAAUCGCGGCUGCAGGCAGGCGCGCAUGCGCUUUAUGCCCGCUGUUGCUGGCGCGUGCGCGUAUCAGCCUUGGCUGGCCGGUGUGUGUCCGCUGGAUUGUGAGGCCCGGGACCUGGGCUCCGCCGUGGUGCAGAAAUGCUGUGCCGGCUCGGCGGUCGGUGGCUGCGGCCGCUCCCUGCCCUGCAGCUUUGGGCUAGGGACCCGCCGCUUGCGCCUGUUCCUACGAGCGGCGCCAAGCGCCCCACUCUCCCAGUGUGGGCAGUGACACCAGUCUCUGCAGUACAUGCGAACGGCUGGUACGAGGCCCUGGCCGCGUCUUCGCCGGUGCGGGUUGCGGAGGAAGUACUGCUCGGCGUGCACGCCGCCACGGGCCUGCCCUGGUGGGGCAGCAUUCUGCUCUCCACCGUGGCCUUACGGGGUGCUGUCACGCUGCCUUUGGCAGCCUACCAGCACUACAUCCUGGCCAAGGUGGAAAAUUUGCAGCCAGAAAUAAAAACUAUUGCCAGGCAUCUUAACCAAGAAGUUGCAGUUCGUGCAAAUCAGUUGGGGUGGUCCAAAAGAGAUGCCAGGCUCACUUAUCUAAAGAAUAUGAGGAGGCUAAUUUCAGAGCUAUAUGUGCGAGAUAACUGCCACCCUUUCAAAGCCACUGUGUUGGUUUGGAUUCAGCUUCCAAUGUGGAUCUUCAUGUCUUUUGCUCUCCGGAAUUUAAGCACAGGGGCAGCACAUUCAGAAGCAGGUUUUUCUGUUGAGGAACAGUUAGCUGCUGGUGGGAUUCUGUGGUUUUCUGACCUCACUGCACCGGACUCCACUUGGAUUCUGCCUGUCUCUCUUGGCGUCAUCAAUUUGUUAAUAGUGGAGAUUUGUGUUCUACAAAAAAUUGGAAUGUCUCGUUUUCAGACGUAUAUUACAUACUUUGUCCGUGCAAUGUCGGUAUUGAUGAUACCAAUUGCUGCAACAGUACCCUCAUCAAUUGUUCUCUACUGGCUAUGCUCCAGCUUCGUGGGCCUUUCACAGAAUUUGCUGCUGCGUUCUCCUGGAUUUCGCCAGCUUUGCCGAAUACCAUCGACCAAGUCAGAUUCAGAAACUCCUUAUAAAGACAUAUUUGCUGCCUUUAAUACCAAGUUCAUUUCAAGAAAAUGACAUAUUUUCCAAUAAUUUUGAAACAGUUGCAAGAGUCACUAUCACCUUAAUGUAUUUAGACUUAGAAAUUCAGAUGUUACUUGAUUUCCUUUUAUUUAAAAUCAUUAACUUCAUGAAAUAUUGUAGGUUAAGAUGUAAUCCAGACCAUGCACAGUGGCUCGUGCCUGUAAUCCCAGCACUUUGGGAGGUCGAGGUGGGUGGAUCACCUGAGGUCAGGAGUUCAAGACCAGCCUGGCCAACAUGGUGAAACCAUGUCUGUACUAAAAAUACAAAAAAAUUAGCUGGGCGUAGUGGCAGGCGCCUGUAAUCCCAGCUACUUGGGAGGCUGAGGCAGGAGAAUCGCUUGAACCUGGGAUACAGAGGUUUCAGUGAGCUGAGAUCAUCCCAUUGCACUCCAGCCUGGACAACAAGAGUGAAACUCUGUCAAAGAAAAAAAAAAAAAGAUGGAAUCCAGAUAUAUUUGACAGUAAUUAAAAUCUUUUAAAUGUUAUAAAUGCAGUAUGUUUAAUUGUGAAAGUAUUAGAAUAGAACCAAAGUGCCUGUCUCUGUUUAUAAAGUUACAAUUUGUUAGAGCUACCAGAACUUUGGAGAAUAGGGUUAGCUACUGAAUGAUGGCAAAUUAAAUUAAACAAUACUGCAUGUUACUGUUUUGUAAAAUAAGAGGAUCAGUGAGAUGAUUCAUGUUUUUUGUUUGUUUGUUUGUUUGUUUUUGAGAUGGAGUCUCACUGUGUUGCCCAGGCUGGAGUGCAGUGGCGCAAUCUCAGCUCACUGCAACCUCCACCUCCCGGAUUCCAGCAAUUUUCCUGCCUCAGCCUCCAAGUAUCUGGGAUUGCAGGUGCACACCACCACACCCAGCUAAUUUUUGUAUUUUUAGUAGAGACGGGGUUUCACGAUGUUGGGCAGGCUGGUCUGAACUGCUGACCUCAAGUGAUCCACCCGCCUUGGCCUCCCAAAGUGCUGGGAUUACAGGCAUGAGCCACCUCACCCAGCAUUUUUUUUUUUUUUUAAUUUUUUUAAUGAGACGGAGUCUCUGUCACCUAGGCUGGAGUGCAGUGGCACGAUCUCGGCUCACUGCAACCUCUGCCUCCCGUGUUCAAGCAAUGCUCCUACCUCAGCCUCCUGAGUAGCUGGGACUACAGGGGUGCACCAGCAUGCCCAGCUAAGUUUUGUAUUUUUAGUAGAGAUGUGGUUUCACCAUGUUGGCUAGGCUGGUCUUGAACUCCUGGCCUCAAGUGAUCUGCCCACCUCGGCCUCCCAAAGUGCUGGGAUUACAGGCGUGAGCCACUGCGCCCGGCUGAGAUGUUUCUUAUUAUUUUGGAGGUGGAGAGGAUUUUAGACCUCUUUGAGCAUCUGAAAAAAGGCUAUAUAUGUAUGGUUUUCUCUUCAGAAAAAUCUUAAGACUCACAAUACGGGGACUUCCUUGUUACCAGGAAGGUUUUCUGGCAACUCCUAGUUAAUAAAUCUUAUUCUAAUGGAACAUA